CUAUGUAUCGGAUUUGGAAAGUUUUCCUAGUGGUGUUCCUUCUGAAAACUGCAAAUAUUGCAACAGAGUCCACUGGAGUAUUGUUCCUCAUAUCCAGCCAAGACACCACGUAUCAUCGUCCAUUAGCAGCACGUCUACGCGAUGACAUUAUUAACCAAGCCGAAAGCCAAUUGGCCAACACUAACUACGUCAUCACCGUUCAUAUACUACAUGAAAUAUUCAAUUUUCCAAGCUAUUGGGUGAUAAAGAGUACGAUGCCUUUGGUGCGCUCCAAACUGCUAGACGAGCAUACCAAGUGGGUGGUGUGGUUAGAGGAGAGUACACAUGUCUCACUGAAGGCUCUUUUGGAACAGUUAAUACUGGAGGAUGCGACACAGUAUACUUGUUUAAGUCACUCGCUCUAUGAGCAUCAGGCGAAUGUAAGACAUCAUUUUGCUUUUCACGAAGAUUCGGAAUGGUUUCCGUUCCCCUUCCAACGCGCUGGUAUUGUCUUUUCAAGAGCUUUAGUAACCAAAAUAGCGAAGGUAAUGGAUACCAAGAACGAGGAUAACCUACCAUUUAUUAUUGAUAUGGAGCAUGAGCUGGCCGUAUACAUUUAUAACAAUAUAAAAACUGAUGAUGCAGUGAAUAAAUUUAGCUACAAAGGGGUGGAAGAUGGCAGGGCACGGAACACCGUACGAAAAGUGCUAAUGCGAAAAGCUGAUUACAUAUGUCCGCGAUCGAGUCUAGAAACUCAAGGAGCUCUAGACAAGAAGUGUGUAAUGUACGCAAAACCAAUGGACAAGAGCAGAUGUAUGACCGUACAGCCGCAGAACAUUUUCUUUGCCGUCAAAACUUGCAAUCGCUUUCACAAUGAACGAGUGCCCAUUAUAAAAGCAACCUGGGGUCAGAUUGUAACACACAUUCGAUACUACAGCGAUGUAAUGGAUCCAGAAAUUCCAACAACUUAUACAGGUGUCCCCAAUACGGAACUUGGUCACUGUGAAAAAACAUUGAAAAUUUUGAAGUUAGCUUUUCAAGAGAUCAACGAACUCAAUAUGAGAUUGGAAAAUGCAGAACCAGAACUAGAGAAACGUAUCAAUUGGCUCGUUUUGGCCGACGAUGAUACACUGUUGAGUAUUCCUAACCUUUGUGAGUUGCUUGGUUGCUUUAAUCAUAAACACGACAUUUAUCUUGGCGAGCGGUACGGGUUUCAUAUCAAUAGCGGUUUUAAUUAUAUAACCAGCGGUGGAGGCGUAGCUUUAAGUUUAUCCGCUGUAGAAAAACUAAUCGCAUAUUGCCAUUGCAGCCGUCCUCAGGAUGCCGAUGAUAUGUUGUUGGGAAUAUGCUUCAGUAAUCUGGAAGUGCCAGUCAUAAACUCUGCACAAUUUCAUCAGCUUCGUCCGCAGGACUAUCCAGUAGAGUUACUAUCUCUUGAUCCACCAAUAUCAUUUCAUAAGUUCUACGAUGUGGAUCCACUCGCUGUCUAUGAGCAAUAUUUCUCUGUUGCUGAUCGGCGGAUGCUGCAAAAAAUAAAUGACAGUGAUUUGAAAUAACUGAUUAGAAAUAAUAAAUAUUAUUACAUGUAGUCCCUCUGUUUGUUGUUAGUUGGAUAUGGUAAAGAAAGUUUCCCUUAGUAACGAAAAUUUAAUAUGUCAUAAUAUUAUCACUGGCUCAUAUCUGUGGUCUUUGUUGUUUUGUCAAAAGUCCACAGAUAUGUAAAUGUAAAUCGACUAUUAGAAUAUAUAUUCUCGCUUCUAUCUGCGAAUUAUCUUUCCAUUUUCGUUUACGAAAAUAACAAUCUGGUAUCAUUACGUUAAAUGGAGUUCUUGUAAGUGUUCCCACAACUAACCCUUA